CCGAGAAACAUAACCGUCGUCGAAUCUGCAGAGAAGAAGAAGAAGAAACUCAAAAGAGGAAAGUUAACAAAAAUGAACCAAACGAGACGUAAGAGACGACCUGAUCCAUCUCUCUCUAGACUCGAUUCACUCUCGCCGGAAAUGCUCUUUCCGGCCAAAUCUCCGUCGCUAACUUCUUCCCGCAUCAGAUACAUCUUCUUAUUACUCACCUUUUGUUUCAUCAUCUACAUCAUCUUCUCCUACGGCACCACUUUCCGACGUGAGCAGAUUUCAUCGAUCGCUCGUUCCUUAUCUGUGUUCUCCACUCGUCGCCGUCACUUACUCUUCUCGAUCGCUGCUUCUCAUGACUCUUGGCUCCGUCGUAGCUCCUAUGUUCGUCUCUGGUACUCUCCUGAAUCUACACGCGCCGUCGUGUUUCUCGAUCGCGGUGGAUUGGAGUCCGAUCUAACUCUCCCUCCUGUGAUUGUAUCUAAAGACGUUUCUAGGUUUCCUUAUAAUUUCCCUGGCGGUCUCCGAUCGGCGAUUCGUGUGGCUCGUGUUGUUAAAGAGACGGUGGAUCUGGGAGAUAAAGAUGUGCGGUGGUUCGUUUUCGGUGAUGAUGAUACUGUCUUCUUUGUAGAUAAUUUGGUGACGGUUUUGUCUAAGUAUGAUCACCGGAAGUGGUAUUACGUCGGAAGUAAUUCGGAGUUUUAUGAUCAGAAUGUUAGGUAUUCUUUUGAUAUGGCGUUUGGUGGUGGAGGAUUCGCCAUUAGUGCUUCGCUUGCCAAGGUUCUAGCUAAGGUUUUGGAUUCUUGUUUAAUGAGGUAUUCACAUAUGUAUGGAAGCGAUUCUAGGAUCUUCUCUUGCGUCGCUGAGCUUGGUGUUACAUUAACUCAUGAACCUGGAUUUCAUCAGAUUGAUGUAAGAGGGAACAUAUUUGGUCUGCUAUGUGCGCACCCUUUAUCUCCGUUGGUAUCUCUUCAUCACUUGGAUGCAGUUGAUCCGUUUUUUCCAAAAAGGAACCGGACGGAAUCUGUGGCUCAUCUUAUCGGAGCUGCAAGUUUUGAUUCUGCAAGGAUUUUACAGCAGAGUGUGUGCUAUGAUUCUUUGAACACAGUGACUGUUUCGGUUGUGUGGGGUUACGCGGUUCAAGUUUAUGAAGGAAAUAAACUUCUUCCGGAUCUUCUCACCUUGCAAAAGACAUUUUCUACAUGGAGAAGAGGGUCAGGGGUCCAAAGCAAUUAUAUGUUCAGUACAAGAGAAUAUCCAAGGGAUCCAUGUGGGAGACCGCUCGUAUUUUUCUUGGACAGUGUAGGAUCAGAUGGAACUGAGGGAACAUGGAGUAACUAUAACCUCCACAGAGUUAGAAACUGUCACAGAGCAGAAGCUGUUGAGCGUCUAGAACGCAUCAGAGUUCUGUCUCGCAAGCUGAAACAUGAUGUUGAACAGAUGGUUGCGCCUCGCCGCCAAUGUUGUGACAUCUCAUCGCCUUAUAAUAAAUCAAUGGUCAUUAAUAUAAGGCAAUGCAUGCCGGAUGAGCUAAUCGCCAUGAACACUUAGCAUUUUUUCUUGGCCAUUCUCUUCAAGAAUCAACUAAACAAGGUCCGCGCAAGCAAGUUCUACGGUUCUUCUGCUCAAAAGAAAUGGCGGAAUCCGAGGUAAGUUUAUUGGUUCAUCACAAUAUUUUUUUGUAAGAGAAUUCUUAAAACUUAAUGUUGUCUGUAGGUGGGUUCAAAGUUCCGACCAUCUUCGAAAAAUGUCUCAUACAAGACCUGAGUUGAAAUAACCCAGACACUUGCAC